CGCACUUUAUAUUUUUCUUAGUUGAAUAUUUAUUUCAUUUACUAUUUAAUGCAGGAAAUCAAGGUACGUUUUAUUACUAUUAAGACAGUUUUUUUAUUCUUUUUUUUCCUUGUGUGUCGUCGAAAAUACGACUAAAUAACACCAAACGAUUUAUUGAUAGUGAUAGAUCAGUCUUAAUUAAUAUGUUCGUGUCUUGUUUUUACAAUAAAUACUAUAGCCUGUACAUCCGCGCGAGAUAAUAAUCCAAGUUCAAGGCGCACCGCGCCGGGGUACAAGAUUCCACCCGCUAGGCGCCCGCUACCAUUCCACCGCGGAUGCUAGGACGCACCUGAUCCUGUCACGAAAACAAGUGAAGAUCAGCCAGUGAAUACUGACUGCUAAGAAAAUCUCAACCGCUGUGAUACCUACUGGCCAUCGAGAAAAACAAGUCACUGCAAAAAGUGGGGGAAGUUUCGGGCAGACUCGCUAAGACAGUGGGAAAAAUGUUGUUAAUUUGGGCAUUUACUUUAGUCUGUGCAGCAUCAUGCUCGGAACGGUUCUCCCUGCCCGACCUGCCUCCUGGCGAGGCACCGGACCGCAUCCUCAAGUUCAUGGAGGAUACGUACAAGACCGGCCGAGGCAAGUCUGCGUCCGACGCGGGGGAGCCUCUGCUCCUUACUCCUCUCAUUGAGCAGAACAAGCUGGAGGAGGCUAGAGAGGCGGCGAAGGUUUACUCCGAUUACAUACUGCCUGAUAUGGACAGCUAUGCUGGGUAUUUGACGGUGAACAAAGAGUGCAAUGCGAACCUCUGGUUCUGGUACUUCCCGGUGACCGAUAAGAAGGUGGAGGAGACUCCCUGGAUCAUAUGGCUGCAGGGUGGCCCUGGUGUGUCCUCGCUGUACGGACUGUUUACCGAAAUCGGGCCGUUUGUCGUGAAUGAAGACGGCAAUUUGGAAGAACUAAAGUAUUCUUGGGGCAAAAACCACUCGCUGCUGUUUAUCGACAAUCCCGUCGGCACAGGCUUCAGUUUUACUUCCGAUGAUCGAGGAUAUGCCACAAAUCAAACCACGAUCGGCGAGAACUUGUACACAGCACUGCAGCAGUUCCUGACAAUGUUCCCCGAAUUGAGAAAAGCGCCACUAACGAUCGCCGGCGAAUCGUACGCUGGCAAGCACAUCCCGUCUAUCGGCAUACAGAUCCUUUGGAACAGGGAGAGGGACCAGGACCAGCCGAUCAAUCUACAGGGCCUAGCCAUCGGCAACGGCUUCAUAGACCCCCUGUCGCUGCAGCGUUACAGUUACUUCGUGCGCGAGGUCGGGCUGGUGGACGAUAACGUCGCCGACUCUAUGCGACACUUGGAGCUAGCCGUCACGCAGUUCAUCAACAAUGGGGAGAUGGUUAAAGCCUAUGCGUACUACAACUACCUGCUAACCACAUUCCUUCGCGAAUCCCAACUGGACAAUCUCUACAACUUCCUCCAAACCGACAUCGGCCUCGGCGGUCCGCAUAUUGAAUACCUGGAACGCAACGAAGUGCGCCGCGCUCUGCACGUGGGCAACACCAACUUCACGUCGGUCGGUGUGGUGUACAGGAAGCUGGUCCCGGACUUCAUGAACAGCGCGAAGACGUGGCUUGAGGAACUGCUGGAGAACUACAGGGUCAUGCUUUAUAAUGGACAUCUCGACAUCAUAGUGGCGUACCAUCCGUCAGUGAACACUUACAACUCUCUCAACUUUUCCGGUACGAAAACCUACAUGACAGCUAAACGAAACCCUUGGUACCACGAUGAUAAACUCGCUGGAUACGUAAAAACUGCGGGAAACUUGACAGAAGUGAUGGUUCUAGGAGCAGGACACAUGGUGCCCGCUGACAAGCCGGCGCCAGCGCUCGGUCUGGUCUCGGCCUUUGCCCGCGGCCUGUCCUUGGACGAUGACACGGGGAACCUCGUGAACAUAGAUAGAAAGUCUUUGCGGACCCGCCAACUCCCAGCACAAUAGUCAUAUCGAGUCAUAUCAUUUGUAAAAGUGUUAAUAAAUCAAUAAGAAAGAAGAAGCGGAAGUUUUGUGUUUUUAACCGUCCAGUA